AUGGACGACACGAGCGACUUGCUCGAAUUGAAAAAGUGUUAUUCCCAACUCACAAAAGCGACUCGUUCGUUUUGUCUUCCUGUUAUUGAGUCAUUACUUACUAAAACGCGCCGUAAUGGUUUAGUUUACUAUUUCUCACUUUUAUUAGGGACGUCAUACACACAACAAACUUUAGAGAAAUAUGAUGUUCUUUCCGACUUGAUUACAAAAGAAUGUUAUUCCCCGAUGUUUGAGGGAGUUUUCCUGGAAGCUCUUUCUAAAGUAACUAACGGCCUUUGCGACUUCUCAAAACUUAACUUGGAUCACUCUGUCAGAACGUUUUUGCAACACAUUUUGGCAAUGCAUCACGGGGAGUUCCUCUCAAUCCCAAUUGAUCUCAAUUAUGUGCCUUCGGGGUAUUUACUUCAAAACUACUUUGAGGACCCAAACUACCAGGUGCCCAUCACAAAGGUGACACACCGUGACGGGUUCCUUGCACUCAGGUGGACUGACCCGAUGGAAAUGACACUCGACAAAAUUCCAAUAACAUUUCCAAUAACAAAAUUCGUCGAGGAGCAAAAACAAAAUAAAAAACAAAAAUUUGACAAUAAUGAGAUGGUGAGGAAUGUUAUUGUGACGACGGAAGAGUGUGUAAACAAAUUGCACGAAAUCGCGCAACUCGGUCCAAAUAUCGAAAGUGACUUGUUUAAGAAUGUAGAGUGGGAACUAGUAUUCGAAAGAACGUGUACGACUGUGAGCUUCGAAGAUUUGGACGUAUUGGCGCCGUUGUUGUUGAGAUCGAUUUUUGGUGGAAAGAGAAUCAAAGUGAUCAAGUCGCCGAAAAAAAAAACAAAAAAUUUGGAUGGGAUUCAAUUUUUCCAAAAUUCCGAAAAUUUUGGAAAUCAAAAAUAUCUCCAGAAAAUCUCGUUCUCUCUUUUCGACUCAUUUUUGAGAUUUGUUUUGGCGGAACGAAAAAACUCAAAAUCGUUGCUCUUCUUAUUCCAAAGUUAUUUCUCUGAUCCUCGCGAGAAAGAGCUGAAGAACCUUUCCCAUAUUAUUCUUUCCGAAGCGUUUUGUACGUUUUUUGCUUCGCGUGAAGUCUAUGUCAAAGACGAGCAACGGCGAAACGAUCUCCUUUGUUGUGUUUGUCAGAAGUUCCCGUCAUUCUGUGCCGGGGCGCUUUCGAUAGAAAAGAAAAUACUGAAACAACUUUUGCACGAAACUACAAUAGCAGAAGAGUUUUUCGCCAUUUAUCAAGAUUUUGAACAAAACGAAAAACUCAAAAUCUGCAACCAACUGGAAUUUGACUUUUAUCAAGAUCUCGAGAUGAAAACGAAAAUUAUAGAGAGAACGACAACUGAGUUUUUGACACAACUUCCGACUGGAACUUUUGUAGUUGAGAUUUGUUGCAACAAAGGAAUUGAAGUUAUGAAAAGUGUUUUAAAUCACGAAGAAAAUUACGAAGCGAUUUGCCAAUUUCUAGAAAACUUCGAGAAGAAGUGCCGGAACGAGAAUGGGACAAAACUGUCUGAACAAAUCAUCCAGGAACUUAAAAAUGAGAAACACGAGAUUGAGAUUUUGAGGAGUGGCGGAACGGAUGAACAUAAAAGCGACAAAUGCCAUGGGAAAAGAGUGGGGAAAAGUCUCAGAGAGGAGGAGAGCGAGUUUGAGGAAGUGUUGUGUGGUCACGUCACCCCUACAGAAUUUGUUGAAAAGAUCAAACUUGAGCAAAAAAGCGACAACGAAAAGGACAAAGAAAAGGCAUAUUGGAAAAUUUUGAAGAUUGUUGAAGCAGUGACGACAGACAACCACUCACACAACACAAUAUUUGGCGAUUUGGUUGGACUUAUUUUGACAGAGAAAAUGGUUAGAGGUGUUGUAUUUGUUCAUGUCAUUAAGAGCGUCAUUGCUUUAUUAAGCGACGUUACAAAUCAAGCGAUUUGCUUCAAAGUCAUCGAGGCGUUGAUGCAGAACAAAUUACUUACACCGUCGAUGUGUAGGGCAAUUAAGGCGCAUUGCAUGAACUUCCCUGAUAAUGUGGUGUUGAAUGAGGUUUGGAGAAUUUCACUGCUGCCAAGCGUUGCAGACAUGGACCAUUUGAAGUAUGUUGUCUCUGAGGACUUUUUCGGUUUGGCGAGAAGAACAGAAAUUACGGAGUAUCUUUUGAGUCUUUCCAAUACUUGCGCACAAAGCAAUUUAAAGGAGAAUUGUUGCUUAGGUUCGCGGGUGUCUAAAAUUCCGGUUGACUUGAAGGAAGUUGUUGCUUUUCUCUUUUGUGUGCGACGCGGGACAAACGACCAGGAGAAAGUUUUUCCAUUUGUCAAUGAACACAAACAGAUCAUCUUUUGCAAGAAGUGCCUCGAGCAAAUUAGGAUGAACACUGUUGAUGGAAUUGAGUUGGCCGGUGGCGUUGGGAGUUGGCUUGGUACAUUGACGCUUCACCAGAACAAACCAGUUCGAAUGAACGUGUUUCCAGUGAUCAACUUUGUGAAUGAGAAAAUGAAGAGAGGGUUGUGGGAAGGUGUGUGUGUGUUUUUGGUGAGCUUUUUGAGGAGAAUGAAGAGUUCUAUUUUUAAUGUGCACAACCCCUGGAUACACCGAAUGGUUGAAAUUGUCGAGGACAUCAAAGAGAACGAGGAGGAAUGGGCGGAAGAAGAAAUGGUUUGUUCAAACAUGUUCGAAUUUGUCGUGUUUGAAGAAAAAAGUGGGACGAGAAUACACUCUUCCACCCGCGCGUUCAAGGAACUCCUCGAUGAAAACUUUUUGACUGAAUUGUAUGAUUUUCAAUGA